CAAAAACCUUCCCUUUCUAUGGUUCCCGCGAACGCCCCGCCUCCAGCGCUCCCCUCCCAGCUCCGCCUCCAGCGCCUUAUAACCCGGGUACUCAGAGUCGCGAUCCGCUUGGUCUUCUGCUCCGUAGUCUGGCAGUCACCUGCAUGAUGAGCUUCAGCUCAGACCAUUAUCUUUGUUCCUCCUCCUACAGGAAGGUGUUCGGGGAUGGCUCGCGCCUCUCGCGCUUCGGGGGCGGCGGUGCCGGGAGCUUUAGGUCACAGUCUCUAACCCGCUGCAAUGUUGGCUCGUCGGGUGCAUGUACCGCCUCCUCUUCUCUUGGGCUGGGGCUGAGCUACCGCCGAACCGGGCCCGACAGUCUGGACCUGAGCCAGGCAGCGGCCCGCAACAAUGAGUACAAGAUCAUUCGCACCAACGAGAAGGAGCAGCUGCAGGGCCUCAACGACCGCUUUGCCGUGUUCAUCGAAAAGGUGCACCAGCUGGAGACCCAGAACCGUGCGCUGGAGGCUGAGCUGGCGGCGCUGCGGCAGCGCCACGCAGAGCCCUCGCGGGUUGGCGAGCUGUUCCAGCGUGAGCUGCGGGAGCUCCGGGCGCAGCUGGAGGAGGCUAGCUCGGCACGGACUCAGGCGCUGCUCGAACGGGACGGGCUGGCCGAAGAGGUGCAGCGCUUGCGGGCACGUUGCGAGGAGGAGAGCCGUGGGAGAGAGGGCGCAGAGCGCGCCCUGAAGGCGCAGCAGCGAGAUGUGGACGGCGCCACCCUGGCCCGGCUGGACCUGGAGAAGAAGGUGGAGGCGCUUUUAGAUGAAUUAGCAUUCCUCCGGCAAGUGCACGAGGAGGAAGUGUCUGAGCUGCUGGCGACGCUGCAGGCAUCGUCCCAGGCCUCGGCCGAGGUAGACAUGACCGUGGCUAAACCGGACCUGACCUCGGCGCUACGGGAGAUCCGUGCUCAGUACGAGUCUCUGGCUGCCAAAAACUUGCAGUCCGCUGAGGAGUGGUACAAGUCUAAAUUCGCCAACUUGAACGAGCAAGCGGCGCGCAGCACCGAAGCCAUCCGAGCCAGCCGCGAGGAGAUCCACGAAUACCGCCGCCAGCUGCAGGCUCGCACCAUUGAGAUCGAAGGGCUCCGGGGCGCCAAUGAGUCGCUGGAAAGGCAAAUCCUGGAGAUGGAGGAAAGGCACAGUGCCGAGGUGGCUGGCUUUCAGGAUAGCAUUGGACAACUAGAGAAUGACCUGAGGAACACAAAGAGUGAGAUGGCUCGCCACCUACGAGAGUACCAGGAUCUGCUUAAUGUCAAAAUGGCCCUGGACAUUGAGAUUGCAGCUUACAGGAAGCUACUAGAAGGUGAAGAGACCCGAUUCAGCGCCAGUGGAAUGACCAUUUCAGGGUUGAAUCCACCUUCUAAUCCUGGUUAUUUGGUAUCAUCCAGAAUGUUUAGCUCAACUGCCUCAAAAUCAUCACCCCCUGUGUUGUCUUUUAAGAAAGAGGAGAAGGAAGAGGAAGGUUCUAAAGCAACCUCCAAGAAGUCUUCUCAGAUAGAGGAGAGCUUUGCAGAAAUAAUGGAAGAAACCAUAAUAUCUACUAAGAAAACCGAAAAAUCAAACCUAGAAGAAGUAACCAUCACAAAUCAAAAAAUAUAGUCAGUGCUUAAAAAAAACCUUAAACAAAUAAGAAACUAAUACUUAAAAGGGAAUAAUAUGCAUUUGACCUUUUAAAUAGCUUUUUUCCUGAAACACCUAUUACUUAGUAUACAAUAUAUCCAGGCUUUAGUCUCAUUUUCAAUACUGAAUUUUCUCUCAAGUAAGAAAAACUCAUGUAGAAGCAGCCUGACCUGCCAGGAGCCAACUAUGGUCCUGGAAAAAUCACAGAGAAGUUACCCAGUAAUAUGCCCUUCUUGUUCAAGCAGACAGAUAAUUCUGGGCCAGAGAAGGUGCUAAUGGAGGUGCUAAAUCUUCUGUGAUCAUUGUCAUUUGCUAUGAGCUAAAGUUAAAUCUUAUUUACACUCACCAGCCUCAGCCCACACCCAGUUCACUCAUGCUCCUUAGAUACAUAAAAAAUCACUGCCAAAGAUGAAUCAACCUGCCCACAUCCUAGGUAACUGCUGCUUAAAGCUAUUUGAUAUAGUAUGAACGUUGGCUCCUCAGGUGCUGCUCUAGCUCAUCUUCAUUCAGAAAAAAUAAAAGGCCAGUUAAUAUUCUUCCCUUUUAAACAAUUUCAGGUUUUUCAAAAAAGAAAAAGUUUGCCCUUGCAGCCUGCUGUGCCCAGUGGGUAACUAGAUGCAUGGUGGUCAUUUCUGUGAUGUAUGCGAUGACUUUUCAUGACCAUUUCACAUCAUUUAAAAUGUAGUUUAAAAAAGGAACUUGGCAAUGAAUGAUGCAUUUUAAUAAUUCUAUUCCCCUCACAUAGAAAAUGCUAAUAUUUCCUAGAUUGAUUAGUUCAUGACCCCAAACCAUUUAAUCAAAAAUUCACUCUUAGGAGUGUAGCCUUUCACUUAAACUUUAGAAGCACAUUAGAAAUAAUUCUAAGCUUGUGAGCAGCCUGAUAGAUUUAGGAUAAACUAGAAGAGACAUAUUUCUAAGAAUGAAGCAGCCAAGGAUUCCAUUCAUCUGUAAUUAUUCAUUUGUGGUGAUGUAGCAUUAGUCUGCUCAUGGUCUCAUGAGAAGACAUAUUGCCCCUUAGAUAAAGUCACAUUUGUUAUCUUUCCUUCCUUCCAACCCAAGUUCUAGUGAAGCCUUGUCUAUGCUCUCUUAUAAUCCAAGAGUCUCACUGAAUAAUUAUGUAAUUGGGCCUCACUAUGACACAAAGUAUAGUUGAAGGAAACAAUACAAAUAACCCCCUUUCAAUCAAUCAAAACCACCAGCAGAUAGAAAAGAGGAAAUAACAUGAAUUUUCUAUUUCUUAAAUUGUCUUCACCAACCAAUUGUCUUGACCUUGAAUGCAGAAUUGUAGUUGUACCAUUUUCCUGUUUAGAAAGUGGGUCCUAGGUGGUCAACCCAAUAAGUCUCCCUAGUGAAGUAGCUUCUGCGUUUCGUGAGCCUUAUUUGUGCUGAAUGACACCUGCUAAGUAUGAUGUAGGAAAAUAAACCCCUAACUGCUUAUGAUCACCUUCAUCACAACUGAAGAGUCUUGCUUAUCUCUUUUUACACAUUUUCAAUCUAGGGCUCUGUGGUGAUAAGGUAGUUAUAGUUUUGCUAAAUUUUCCUGUCCUAUUGGAUCUCAAUGAAUUCAAGAGUUUAGAAGUCAUUUUUUUCCCACUCUCAACUUUUCUUCCUUCUCCCUUUUACUGUAAGACACAACUUAGUAAAAAAAAAAAUAAUAAUUCCCCCCGAACACCUGAACUUCAUUCUCAUAGUCUGUGUUAUUUGUGGUGUGCUAUUUUGAUGAGGGGAGGAUUAUUUUGGUCUUGUGAGAUCACACCAUUUUGAUUGUCUUCUUGCAAUGCAAGUACAAUUCAAACCACAGAGAACUCAGGAACUGGACUUUGGUCUGUAUGUACACAUUUCACUUCUCUCUACAAAAGCCCUGAUAAACUGUUAAUAGCUUCAUUAAUAUAAAUACAAGCAUUAGAAAUAACUGAACUCAUUCAUCUUUCCUCCAAAAUAACAAUCCACCUAUCCUCUAUAUUUCCUUAUUUCUGUUCGGGACACCACCAAUCUUUCAGUCACCCAGGUUCACAGCCUCAAAGCUUUCUCUACUCUUCCCUUUCCCUCACCCUCCAUGUUCUACCAGUUGCUGAGUCUUGUCCAUUCUACCUUCACAUUUCUUUUACCACCCUAUCUCAAGCCCUGAUCACCUCUACCGGCCUCCUAUCUGGAUGUCCAGUUUCCAGUCUCUCCCCUCAUCAAUCCAUUCUCCAGAUAUGCCAAAAUAAUCUUCCUAAAGUACAAAUUUGAUUAUAUCGCUCCCUGCUCAAGAAUUGUCAACGGCUUCCUCUUGCCUCACCUUAGUAUGUAAAGUUCUUUGUGACUUAGCUCCAAACUACCUUUCUGGUCUUAUUGUAUAUUCCUCCUUUUCAUACACUCUACAUUCCAGUCAAAUUGGCCUCUUUGCUGUUCCCUGAAUUCCCUACACAUCUCUCAUUUCUGUGCUUUUCACAGGCUGUCCAUCAUGCCUGAAAUGUAUUCCCUUCUUACCUCUGCUUAAAUUCUUAGCUUCCUUCAAGACUCAGCUCAGGUCCCUUAACCUGUGAGGAGACUUUUCUGAUCUCCUUAGUUGUUAGUACCCUCUCUUUCUUUCUCAAAUUAACACUUAUAUACUUACAUAUUUGCAUGUUGUGUUUCCUUCCCCAGUAGAAUGUAAGCUCUUUGAGGGCAAGGAUUAUUUUUUAUUUUAUCUUUGUAAAUCCAGAACCUUUGCAUGUAAUAGGCACUUAAUAAAUGAUUAUUAGACUAUAUUGGACUGGAUUGAUGAGAGACACCAUGUACAUCAUGCUUCAGAAUGCCUUGUCAAUGGAAUAACCUCAAACAGAUGAGGGAUAUUUCUCUUGUGUGGAUACUUUUCUUUGAGAAUGAAAGCAUUGUCACUUAGAAGCAGUGAUAGAAACACAGUAGCUUUAUGAAAAGGUUGGAAUAAGAGCUUGAGUAAUUUUGCUUUUUUAGACAUUCCUUUAAAAUGAGCAUGGUUCUAACAGAAUUCACUGGAUAAAAAUAGCUCUAUAAAAUGAAUGCUUCUAUCCCAGACUCCUUUGUUUAACCCAGAUAUAUGACCUAACUCUGCAGAACUCAGAUUUGUCUGGGCAAAUAUAGGGUCAAUGGAUACCACUAUCCAUUUGUAUUGAUAUAUAAAAUAACAUUCACACAGUAGUACUUUAAAGAUUACAAAGAAUUUUACAUGUUAUCUCAUUGAUCUUAAUAGCAAUCCUCUGAGGUAGUGCUAUUAUGAUUUCCAUUUUGCAGAAAGAGAAAUAGAGGCUUAGAGAACUAAAUAAUUUACUCAGUGUUAACAGCCAGUAAAUGUCUGAGGCAGGAUUGAAUUUCCUGACUCAAGAUCCAGCAUUCUAUCCAGCAGGCAGAUAAGUUAACAGAUCAAAAUCCAGUGAUUAAGACUUAUUAUUUGAAUACUAGCCUAGUUAUAGUUUAGCUUUUCUUAUUCAAGAGGAAAUGUCUUUAUUCUUCUAAUUUCAUGCAUCUAAGAGUACUUUAGGUCCUGCUUAAAGAGACUGAUGGUAUUGCUAAUGAUAAAUUAGAUUCAUAGUUAUAUGCUUAUUGUAAUUCAAAUACCUUCUAAGGAUUUGCUGAACUGACAUAUCCUACCACUAAAUUAGUUUUUAAGAGGACAUUUAGAUUGCUAUUUCCAAGAAUUAUUUGUCCACUGAAUCCAUCUUUGCCAAGACUCUUUUUAAUCACAUCAAUGAAAACUAUGGCACCUGUAACUGCUGACUAUGGCCAGCUUUUUCUAAUAUUUUUAUAUCCAUUUUCCUAAUCUCUCUUCCAACUUCCAGUCUCACACCUCCAAUUGUCUGUUGAAAUCUCAAAUCGGAUGUCCCAUUGACAUUUUAAACUCAGCAAGUCCAAAAAUGAACUCAUUAUUCUGUCCUCCCACCACACUCCCCCACCUUUCUCCUCUCACUACUUUCUUAUUGCCAAAGACGCUAUCACUUCUCAGUCAUCCAUGUUCACAAACUAGGUAUCAUUCUCAAUUCCUCACUCACUCCACCCUCUACCAUAUUUUAAAGGUCGAAUUCUUUGGUUCUACUUUUAUCACAUCUCUUAUAUACAUCCCCUUUUCUACUGACACUACCAUCAUUCCAGCAUCGCCUCACUAUUGCAACACCCUGGUCUUUCUGCCCCAAGCCUCUCCUGACUCUGAUCCAUCCUCUACUCAUCUAUCAGAAUGAUCUUCCUAAAGUGUGUGUCUGACCAUAUCACCCUCCCCUAUUUAGUAAACUAGAGUGGCUCCCUAUUGCUUCCAGGAGUAAAUAUAAAAAUUCUCUGUUAGUCUUCUAAAGUCCUUCAUAACCUGACUCUUACCAGGUUACCUUGGUACCAGGUUACCAAACCUCAAAAGUGUGGAAGAUUUCUUUGGGGAUGAAUGCAAUGUCACUUAGAAAUAGUGAUUGAAAAACAGUAGCUUAAGAAAAGGUUGGAACAAGGGCUUGGCUAAUUUUGUCUUUUUAGAUAUUCCCAAAAUUGAACAUAGUUCUGGUAGAAUAAAUAAAAAUAGCCCUAUAAAGUAAAGCCUCAAUCCCAGAGUAUUUUUCUUGUCCUUAAGUUUAAUAUAAUAUAUUAAGUAUAGCUCCAAAAAUGAAAUAUCAGCUCCAAAAAGUCCUAUAAAAUAGUAGCUAUUAUUAUUAAAUAUAAGCUUCAAAAAUCAAACAAAUCAUGUUGACUUUUUGGGAUACUUAGAACCUAUGGGCUGACUCUAAGUGAGUAGGAUUGUCAUUGAUAAGCUCAAAAUCCUUUGCCAACCCUAAAAAGGAAUACCAUAUGUUACUCCCUGCACGUACACUGGACUCACUGUUAUUCCCACAAGACACUCAGUCUCUCAACAAUGCAUUUUUAUUGGCUGGCUCCUAUUCCUGGAAUUCUCACCUUCUUCUCUUCUGCCUCCUGACUUCAGUGGCUUCCUUCAAGUCUCAGCUAAAAUUCCACUUUCCAAAAAAAGCUUUUCCUAAUCUUUCAUCUUAAUGCUUUCUCUAUGACAUAAUUUUCCAUCUAUCCUGUAUAAAUCUUGUUUAUACAUUGAAGUCCACUUGUAGUCUCUCUCCAUUAGAUUGUGAGUUCCUUUUAUUUUUGUAGUAUCUUUAGUAUAAUGUCUGGCACAUAGUAGGUUCUUAAAUAAAAACUUGUUCACUUGAUUUGAGUUUUCAGUGAGUCAUGUGUUUUGUGAGGUAAACUGCAAACGAAGACAGGCCUUAGAACAAAUUAUAGGACAACUGAAGAGAUUAUAAUCAGAAUAGUCAUAUGUAACAUGUGUGGUCAAGAAAUGUAAGGCAGAGAGGAUGGAAGUAGCUUUAACUAUUACCAACUAAUUGAAAAGCUAUUCAAAAUAUUUCUAAGAAAAUGAAGCAAGAAAUCUGAAGAACAUAUGAAUGACACAUAGUGUGACUUUCAACUUCAAGUGCUCUUGAUACUUAAAAGCAAUUUUCCAAAUAAUCAAAUAUGCUGAAUCCUGAGCAUUUAACAUUAGGAGCUUUUCCGUUAUGAAGAUACAAAAAUCUUUCCUCUUAUUUUCCUCCUUUAUUGUUCCUGGGCAAAUCACUUGACCUAAAUCUCAGUUUCCUCAUUUAUGAAAAGGGGUUAAUGAUAACACCAAGCUUAUAUUGAUUAUAUAAUAAUAUAUUUAAUUUUAGAACUGAUAUUUAAUAAAAAUAAUAAUAAUGACUAGCAUUUAUAUAGAACUUUUGAACUUUAAGGCAAACUGCUAUGUUAUCUCAUUUGAGCUUCUCUACAACCACAAACAUAUAGUUUGCAUGUAGUAGGCACUUAAUAAAUGAUUGUUAAACUGAAUUGGAUUGGAUUAAUGAGAGCCACAAUAUACACCAUGCUUCAGAAUGCCCUGUCAGUGGCAAAAACCUCAAGCAAAGUGUGGCUGAUUUCCUUGGGGAUAAGUGCAAUGUCACUUAGAAAUAGUGAUAGAAAAACAGCGGCUUAUGAAAAGGCUGGGACAAGGGCUUGGCUAAUUUUGUCUUUUUAGACAUUCCCCAAAUUGAACAUGGUUCUGGCAAAAGUUACUGGAUAAAAAUAGCCCUAUAGAGUAAAGGCCUCUAUUCCAGAGUCCUUUUCUUGUCCUUAAGUUUAAUAUAAUAUGUAAAACAUAUAUCCAAAAAUGAAAUAUCAACUCCAAAAAAUCGUAGCUAUUAUUAUUAUUAUUAUUAAUUAUAGGCUUCAGAAAUCAAACAAAUCAUGCUGAAUUCUUGGGAACUGACACUUAGAACCUAUGGGCUGACUCUAAGUGAGAGUGUCACUGACAAGCUUAAAGCACUUUGUCAGCCCUAAAAAGGAAUGCUCACAAUUUUGAAAAAUGCAAUUGCAAUUACAGAAUCAUCAGAGAGAAAUGUUGAUGUAAUAGAAAGAAUACUUUGAUACUUAUUGGCUAUGGAUUUAACUCUCUGAGUCUCUGUUUCCUAAUUUGUAAAAUGAGGAUAAUAAAACUCAAAGUGUGUACGGGAAGCAUUA